AUGGCUCUACUAGUCCUCUACUCUGCAUAUUUUUUCUCCUUUGUUCUCUUAGUCCUUAUAGUACAAAAGAUAAGACAGAAGAAAAGGUACUCGACUUAUAACUUACCGCGAGGACCUAGAAAGCUACCGAUUAUAGGAAAUAUACACAAUCUGUUAAGCUCUCAACCCCAUCGGAGAUUAAGAGACUUGGCAGACAAAUAUGGACCUGUGAUGCAUCUUCAACUUGGAGAGGUUUCUACUAUUGUCAUUUCAUCGCCCGAAUGUGCCAAAGAGGUGAUGAAAACCCAUGAUCUUAACUUCGCGUCAAGGCCUCAUCUCCUAGCUUCAGAAAUUAUGUCUUACAAUUCUACAAAUAUAGCUUUUGCUCCUUAUGGUAGUUAUUGGAGACAGUUACGAAAAAUAUGCACCUCGGAGCUUUUAAGCCUGAAACAGGUAAACUCGUUGCAACCAAUUAGAGAAGAGGUGCUCUCCGAUCUUGUCAAAUGGAUUGCUUCGCGGAAUGGAUCGCCAAUCAAUCUCACAGAAGCUGUGAUUUCUACAAUAUACAGCCUUGUUUCGAAGUCUGCGUUUGGAAAUAAAUGCAAAGACCAGGAAAAAUUUAUAUCAGUGGUGAAAGAAUCUAUAAAGGUUUCGGCAGGUUUUGACUUGGGAGAUUUGUUUCCUUCUGCUAAAUGGAUACAACUUGUUACUGGUUUGAGGCCUAAGCUUGAGAGUUAUCAGCGACAAACUGAUCAGAUAUUUGAAAACAUUAUCAAUGAGCAUAAAGGGGAAACUUACUCAAAAGCCAAAGAUGAUCAAGGCGAUCCGGAAGAAGAAGAUCUGGUAGACGUUCUCUUAAAAUAUGAGGAUGGUAGCAACAAGGAUUUUUCCUUAACAAAAAACAAUAUCAAAGCAAUAAUCAUGGACAUUUUCGGGGCUGGAAGUGAGACAUCAACAAGCACCAUAGAUUGGGCAAUGGUAGAAAUGAUAAGGGAUCCAAGAAUAAUGAAGAAAGCACAAGCUGAGGUACGAGAGGCUUUCGAAACAAAAGGAAGGGUUGACGAAAAUUCCAUCAACGAACUCGAUUAUUUGAAAUCAGUUGUCAAAGAAACAUUAAGGCUACACCCUCCAGCACCUCUUUUGCUACCAAGAGAAUGUGGUCAAGCAUGUGAGAUAAACGGCUUUCACAUACCGAUGAAGACUAAGGUGAUAAUCAACGCAUGGGCAAUUGCAAGAGAUCCAAACUACUGGACUGAGCCAGAGAGGUUUUACCCGGAGAGAUUCAUUGGCAGCGCUAUUGACUAUAAAGGGAGUAAUUUUGAGUACAUUCCUUUUGGUUCUGGGAGACGAAUAUGCCCGGGGAUCACAUUCGGUUUGAGAAAUAUUGAGCUAGCCCUUGCAAUGCUGUUGUAUCAUUUUGACUGGAAGCUUCCCAGUGGAACCAAAAGUGAAGAACUGGACAUGACUGAGCAAUUUGGAGUCACUGUGAGAAGAAAAGAUGAUCUUUUAUUGUUGCCUUUUGUUUAUCAUCCUUUGAAUGUCACAUGA